AUGGGUCCUUCAGCACCUCUAAAAUUAGUCACUCAACCCCCUUCUAUUUCUUUAACCACUCCCCAAAAUCCAUUAAAAAAAAAAGUCCACCGCCCAAACACCACCAUGGAUGAGAAUCUUAAAAGAGUGUUCAACCAAUUCGACAAGAACAAGGACGGUAAGAUCUCCGUAACGGAGCUCGGCGAUGUCUUGAUAGCGCUAUGGUCCUCCUCCCCCGAGGAGGAACUCAAACGCGUCAUGGACGAAAUUGACAUCGACAAAGACGGCUUCCUCAACCUCUCUGAAUUUCUCAUCCUCUGCAGAUCCAAUUUCGACAACGCCAACGCCGAAGCGGAGCUGCACGCGGCCUUCGAUUUGUACGAUCAGGACAAGAACGGCCUCAUCUCGGCGGAGGAGUUGCAUUUGGUUUUGAAUGAGUUGGGGAUGACGUGCUCGGUUGAGAAAUGCGUCAGAAUGGUCGCUUCCGCUGAUGCAGAUAAAGAUGGGAAUAUUAAUUUCAAGGAAUUCCGGAAAAUGAUGAAGAGUCCGGCCAAAGAGUAAUGAAGACUAAUGUAAGCCGUAGGAUUUUGAUUGGGUUCAGACUGUGUGAAUCAGAAGACAUCGUUUAUAGGUUAUUUUCAUGUACUGACAACGAGCCUUUCCUACGCUGCGUUCUUUCAUUAUUACUUGUUGGAUUCUCAGUCUCAUGGAAUGAAUUUUAAAAUUGUAUUGGUUACGCUUACGCUAACUGUAUUGCACUUUCAGAAGCAUCA